AUGCCAGCAGUAUAUACAUUUUCUCGUAGCGAUAAUGAAAUACUUCAGGAAUUGAUGAGAGUGUUCAGCUCUAGCCGUGGUACAGCGCGGGAACAAUGGAGCAUUCAAGCAGAAUUGUUGGUAGAACCUAUUGGAUGGGACGCGCUGUGGAAACUGUCGAAAUACUUCUGUAAAAAGUUUGAAGUGAGAUUCCCCUGCAUAGCAAUUGUAACAGUAAGAUCGGUAGACUUUGAAAGUCUGUCAACCUGUGUGGAUGUCCAAAGUGUGCAGCAUGAAACGGUUUCAUUGCCGGAGACAGUUGAAGAUGUUCCACUGAUUGAACUCUGGCCCACCAUUGUGCAGAGAGAACAAUGUAUCAAUGUGGACACAACAGCAGAAUUUAUAGAUCUGUUACGUUUCUUCUACAAUGAUAUAUGGAUGCCAUGGGAUGAUGAUGAAAAUGAUAAAGUUUUACUUCCAAAUACAAUUCAAGAUAGAAUGCAGCUCUGGACUGAAAUACAUGAUGGCACCAUUCCAAAUUGUGUGGCUCGUUCUAUAAUACUGCUAAGAAACAGUGCUAUAACUGCACAUGAGAAGUUGAAGGAGCUAGACUCCUCAAUUUGUGAACUUGAAAUACCUGAUGAAGAUGAUUCACUCCUACCUCCAGGCUAUUUAACUCAGUGUGCGGAAAUGAGUGCGCGUCUGGAUGGACUGAUAUCGAAAUGGACGCUUUAUGAGAAUCCCCUUAUCAGGAAUGAAUAUUUACCUAAAGCAAGAAGUAAAUGGCAGAAAAACAAGAAUAAAAAAAAUGUGGUUGCACUUUGGAAGGGUGGAUCACCAUUUGAAUUUCAUGAUAUAUCCAAAUUCUUGCGUUCACGGCUAACAAAUGAGCAUACCCUGACAAUGACGGUAUCAGCUGAGGAGGGACUGUCUUUGGAGCCUGAAGAGUUGGUCGUGUGCAGCAAGGUGUAUGAAGUGCCUGAGAUGCCCCUAUCACAAAUAUCCAUGUGUAGUGUGAAUGGUUCAACACUGAAAUCAGACGAUAUGAGGUCAUGUUUGUUCAUGUUAAGUGAAGAGUGUCGGUUACAAGGUUUGACACUCCACUGUGCUUUAGUGAACACAAUCAUUGUGAUGCGGUCAGGUACACUACAUAUUAGUGACUGCACAUUACUUGAUGACUCGGAAAAUUCGCAGAGGGAUUUCGCCCAAGGCAUUGUGGCCAUGUCUGGUGCUAAGAUACUAUUGGAAAACUGUACAUUUGAUAACUUCUAUUCAGCAAUUGUUGUACACAAGGGUGCUAAUGUGGAACUGCGCAAGUGCUUAAUAAAGAAAUGUGACGUCGGUAUACAGAUGUACUCGGGUUCUACAGUUGACAUAAACAACACAAAAAUAAAUAAUUGCACCGAGAACUGCAUACGCUGUGAAGUGGAUAGAAAUACUGUUGUCACUGAGAAUAUAAUGCAAGGUUUACACGUAGCACCAAACUGCAAGAUUGGCUCUGGGAACUUACAAAAAGAGAUACUGGUUGUCCAACAAGAUUUUGAUUUGGUGUAGUCGAAACCAUUACAACGGAAAAAUAACUAUACCUGCCUCAUCUUAUGGUAGCUUUUACAAUUUAACAUUUUACAACACGAUAUCGUGAAAUUUUAAGCCGUCUUGUAAAACCGUAGUUUUUUAAAUAUUAUUAUCCAAAAAAAUUUUAGCUUCCAUCGUAAGUUGAUUCGUCUCCGCUAUCUCAGUCAGUCAUACUUCCCUAUUGUUAGUAAAAAUAUAUAUAUAUACCUAUGCCGUAACCUAUUAUUAUAAAGUUGUGGUUAUGGGAAGUUAUUAUUAUUAUAUUAUAUUUAAUACUUCUUCAUGAUUUUCAUUGUUCUAAUUUCUAAUAGUUUUCAGACUUAUUUUUUUAUUCCAUAUAUAUAAUGUUAAAUAAUCGAAUGAAAUGUAUAAUAAUUUCGCUUACAUCACACAUCCAUUUGUUCUUUUUAUUUUAUCUUCAAUGUGCCAUUGAAGUAGUGUAUAAACAUAAUAUUUACCAAAAAUAUUGAUAAUGAUUUGCUAGAUUAAUGUUUAAAAAAAAUAAUUUGAUUUUUAUUAUAUGUAUUUAAAAUAUUUAAGAAAAGUAUGAAUCCUUCCAUAAGUGUUAUUGUAAUGGUGAUUGUAUGUAUUACAUAAUACUCAAUAAAGAAAGUAUUUAAUUAAUGUAUAUUAUAGAAAUUAUUGUUAAGUCUGUUAAAGUCGUUGUCACAAAUAAAAUAUGUUAA